UUAUUCCGCACCAGUUUUCGGUCGCAACUCUCUGAAGAUUGUAAGUGUAGUUUCUCUCCUCCAUCUGGUCUCCAAAAUAUUUCCCUUCCUUUCUGCCACAGUAAGCACCACAACAGCAACAGCCAUCGUGAUGCAGAGUGUAGAAAAGAUUUGAGCAUGCAGCCAGAGAGAAAGAGAUUAGGGCGAGAGCGCUGAAGUUAAAUUGUGCUGCAUAUUUGGAGAAAAAAAAUGGGCGGAUUGGUCUCUAGAUGAGAGCUUGGUACCACCUUCCUUUCUAAAAUAAAAUCUCUCUGGCAUGAAGUCACAGCCUAUUUCACAUCCGGUUUACCCCGGGACGUACUACUACUGUCUUGGUAAAGUGCAAAGCUUUUUGUUGUAGAGCUGCGAGCCGAAUCCCACGGAAAGGGAAUCUGGGUGUUAAAAAUCGAAGAGCAAAGCAGCAGCGGCGGCGGCGGCGGCGGCGGCGGCGGCAGAGUCCAUGAUGGCUAAGAGCUCGUGAAUGACUGAGAAGAGCCGCGGAGACUCAGUGCUCUAAAGCGCCCUUUUCCUUCCUCGCCGCCCUGGCUUCUUGGCGGAGCCUCUCGGGCAGACUUUCCCGCUGCAUCGGCGACGCCGUGCCCAGAGGGUCUCGAGCUUCCAUAAUCUACUAGCAAAAUGAUGCAUCUCCUUUAUGACCAUUUUUGGGCCUGGGUUCUUCUUAUGAGCACCUUACCUGGAAAAAGUUACGGACAAACUUCCUUACAAGAUGAAAUUAAAGACAACACAACUAUAUUCACUCGUAUUUUGGAUCGUUUACUUGAUGGUUAUGAUAACCGUCUAAGACCAGGAUUGGGAGAGCGUGUAACUGCAGUGAAGACUGACAUCUUUGUUACCAGCUUUGGUCCUGUUUCAGAUCAUGAUAUGGAAUAUACAAUAGAUGUAUUUUUCCGACAAAGCUGGAAAGAUGAAAGGCUGAAGUUCAAAGGACCAAUGCAAGUACUCCGACUGAAUAAUUUAAUGGCUAGCAAAAUAUGGACACCAGAUACAUUUUUCCACAAUGGAAAGAAAUCAGUCGCUCACAACAUGACUAUGCCUAACAAACUUUUGCGGAUUACAGAAGAUGGGACACUGCUUUACACAAUGAGACUUACAGUGAGAGCAGAAUGCCCAAUGCAUUUAGAAGACUUUCCCAUGGAUGCACAUGCUUGCCCAUUGAAAUUUGGAAGCUAUGCUUACACGAAAUCUGAGGUAAUGUAUGAAUGGACCCGUGAACCUGCACGUUCUGUUGUUGUUGCUGAAGAUGGCUCUCGGCUGAAUCAAUACGAUCUCAUGGGACAAACAGUGGAUUCUGGAAUUGUGCAAUCCAGCACAGGGGAAUAUGUUGUGAUGACCACCCAUUUCCAUUUGAAGAGAAAAAUUGGGUACUUUGUCAUUCAAACAUACUUGCCCUGCAUAAUGACAGUAAUUCUAUCCCAAGUAUCUUUCUGGCUGAACAGAGAAUCCGUUCCAGCAAGAACCGUGUUUGGUGUAACAACUGUGCUAACAAUGACCACCUUGAGCAUCAGCGCACGGAAUUCUCUUCCCAAGGUAGCUUAUGCUACCGCUAUGGAUUGGUUCAUAGCCGUGUGCUAUGCAUUUGUCUUCUCAGCUCUGAUCGAAUUUGCCACAGUGAACUACUUUACAAAGAGAGGUUAUGCAUGGGAUGGCAAGAGUGUAGUUCCAGAAAAGCCAAAGAAAGUGAAGGAUCCUCUCAUUAUGAAAAACAACUCGUUCACAGCACCAGCACCUGCAACCAGCUUUACCCCAAAUAUUGCAAGAGACCCUGGACUAGCUACCAUUGCUAAAAGCGCAACGAUAGAGCCCAAAGACGUGAAAGCGGAAACAAAGCCACCUGAACCCAAGAAAACGUUUAACAGUGUCAGCAAAAUUGAUCGACUAUCAAGAAUAGCGUUCCCACUGCUCUUUGGGAUUUUUAAUUUAGUGUACUGGGCUACCUACUUAAAUAGAGAGCCCCAGCUUAAGGACAAAAACCCUCCACACUAGCCCCAUCAUCCAUAAGAGUUGUCCAUCUGUUUUGCACUGGGAAUUGCUUUUUGGUUCUAAACACACAGCAGUUCUCAUUUGCUUCAUUGCCUCUGUCUUAACAAAAUUGAGAUGUCCUUAUUUUAUAAAGCAAAAGUAUAUUAUAUAUAUAUAUACAUAUAUAUAAUAGAAAAGAUAUUAAACACUGUAUUCUAGGGCUGUAAUAAUGUGAUGUAGACACCAGAUUCUGAACCGUGACUUUGAACAAGGGAGGGAAAUAUAAAAUAAAUCUAAAUCAAUUGUCAAUAGCUUACCCCUGGAUGUUCCCAGAAGGGAUGUUGUACAUGUCAGAGCAGAAAUAUUUUUAUGCAAAAUGAUAGAAGGUAAAACUGUCUUUAUAUAUGUUCAUGUUGCACAUAAGGUAUUCUAGUUUCAAUUUUUGGAGUGCUGCUUAUUUGAAUUCUUUUAUAGGAUAUGCAUCUAUCCAAAGUGCUGGAUUCCAGAAAAUAUAGUAUUUUUCUUAGAUUUCCUAUUUGCUGAACUUCCCAACCACCAAUUUUAAAGCAAAUUAAAUGUUCAUAUUUACAUACAAAACAGUCUAUUUCCUAAUGGUAGAUAUUCUCACAGAAUAGCACAUCGAUUCGUAUAAUGAAUGCUUUAAUAUGCUCUCUCACUUCAGUCUUAUUUUAAACAUCAGACGGUCACUUGACUUGAUAAUAUCAAUCCAUGGCACAUUCAGUGCAGAUCUAAAUCUCUUUGUUUCUGUUAGAUAAAAACAAUACAGGGUCGAUUCUUCUUUUUUGCUUCUGUAUUUGAAAUUAAGGCUUCUGUUGAUUUGGUUGUUUAUUUUCGAAGGAAAACAAUCUUUAACAAUCUCUAGGUACAUUGAAUGUAUUAUUUGAUCAGAUGGUACAUGAGGCUUGCAGUCCUGAGCACCCUGACCUGAGAAUUAUCCAGGGACUUUGGGGGCCAUAUCUUCAAGUCAAUAAGUAGAGAGAUUGCACUGAAAAGUUUUAGGUUGCAACACAUGGCAAAAAGAAAGACAAAAUGUAUUAUUUCAACAACAUGUGUAAAUAUACUACAUGAGACUGUACAUUUUUUUUUACUUUUUUAUGUUCAUAUUAUGCCGUGUGGGGGUUAGUUCUCUGAACUCUUAAUAGGUUGCAUUUUUAAAAGAAACAUUUAGAACCUGCACUUUUUUUUUUAAGAACAGUCAGUGGCAUUUGAAAGAAAAGGGAGGGAAAAAAAAGACAAGGAAGAGAGCUUGGAAUAGGAUAUAUUCCAUUUGUAAAGUGAUUAUCUGUACAAUAGCUUGCAAUUUGAAAUUUAUCAUCUAGUUAUACUAUUAGGCUAACGACUGGUAUGCUCAGGUAAUGCGUGAAUACAAAAAUAUGGAAUUAUAUUUGGUAGGAAAAUGGUAAAAUAUUUAAGACAAACGUCAUCUGUAUAUUAUUGCUAUAUUUGCUGAAACAUAACUGUUAACAAUAAGUGAUGUAAUAUAUGUAGCAUUAAAUACAGAAAAAAAAACAUACACAAACGAAUGUACAGGAAAAUACAUUUUAUUGAGUAAAACUUAUUACAUUUCAUUUUUACUGUAGCAAUAUAUUUGUAGGAACAAUAUGUAAGGGCUUUAAAUACAAAAUGUCCAUUUUUCAAGUUAUUGGUAUUCCCAAAAUAAUUCUACCCAGGUUUAUUUCUGCUGAAAAAAUAUUUUAAAGAGGGGGAGAAAUCAAAUUACCAAGAUGAAUAUUUAAGAAAAAAAAUUGAGUGGAAGCAUGGAUUUGGGAAGAUGUUAAUAUAAGGGUUCAGAAUUCAUAACACAUGGUAGUGAAUGCAUAUUAAAAAAAGUUGUAUGGACCUUCAGUCAAAAUAGCUAACACAAUUGUGAAAUUGAUAUCUAUAUAUGUUACAGGCAAUGUUUUAUAUACUAUUUCUCAACAAAUCAAAAGGUUGCUGCACAGUUAGUAUCUACAAAUGAAAUAGUUUACUUUUUCUUUAGAAAAGGUGACUUUAAAAACAAAACAAAACCCUAACGCUUCAUUGUCUACCAUUUAGUCCUGUCUAAACUUGAUGAGCUAAUCUGACUGAAGCUUACUAAAGAGGAUGUGUUAUCUUCUGGUAUUAUGUGUAGAUACAUGUAUAGAAAAAUAAUCAAAAUAAAAUAUGAAUUUCACUUCAGUAUUUGUUUAUCUUGUUAUUUUGGCGUUUAAUCUAGUGUGUUCAUAAAGGGCAUUUGACCUUCAGACUUAUCCAUUUGGCUCCUCUCAGCCUGCACUUGGCACAUUAGAGAUGAAUAUUACUUAACUAGUCUGCUUUUUUCUUUUGCUAUGCAAUGAUGCAUUCUUUCAUCUCUUAGUUUGUUAGUCUCUGUGAACAGUAUCCUGUAUAAAUCUGAUUGCACAGUUAUCAAAGACAAGGUACUCUCUGUGUAGCUUUUUUACAAUGCUUUGCUAAACCAUGUAAUAAUAGUAAGUCUUCCUUGAAAAUAAUGAUACACUCUUAUAGAGGUCAGUUUCUGUUUACU